CAUCCCCGCACUGUGCAACAUAGGAAAACUCGCCAGAUGAUACCCACCCCUCAGCUCGCGCGCGCCAAUGCCCGCCAUUUACUUACUAGCCGCAUUCGCGCUGAUACUUGUGCCUUUCUUCACUCCGUAUCGCUGGCACAUGGGGCUGCUCAUCCUGCCAAUCCUACUCUCUGCUUGCGUGCUCGCGCCGUGCUAUACCUUCAGCGACGUCCCGUCUGACUUCUACUACAGCUCGAUUUUCAUCGCCAUACCUAUGUGAUAUGUUGAGUUUGCUGUGAGAUGAGGCUCUGGUCUAAGUGGGUGCAGCGAAGGAUAAGAG